CAGUCCAAGUUUAAACAGGGGUAAAUGUGCUACGGCGCAUGCGUACGCUAAAUCGACGUCAACCAUUCUACAUCAAUAAGAUUUGGAGAGCGACGUGGCUUUCAGUGUCUCCGUUUCUCCUGCAACCUUCGUUUUUCGGUCGAACAAACCCCCUAAACAAACACCAUGGACCAGAUCAUGCAGUUCGUGGAGCCCAGUCGGCAGUUCGUAAAAGACUCCAUAAGACUGGUAAAGAGAUGUACCAAACCAGACAGGAAAGAAUUCCAGAAGAUUGCCAUGGCCACAGCUAUUGGGUUUGCCAUUAUGGGAUUCAUCGGUUUCUUCGUCAAACUCAUCCACAUCCCCAUCAACAACAUCAUCGUGGGCGGCUAAACGGAGUAUGUCCAAACAGAACUAGACCGGAUGGAACUGAGAAAGAAGACCACGUGUUAGGGGGGGGGGGAGGGGGGGGGGGGGGGGAGGAUUUUGGGGGACUUCACAGGAUGUCAUUUCUACAUUCAGUGUGCAAUAUUUGUACUUGGCUCUGUUUAAUAAAAUCAUAGAAACCCAAA